AUGGCCAGCUCGGACAUCCACAUCGACUCGGGCACCGCACCCGGCCAGCACCAACCGCGGCGCGCCUCGUCUGCGGCACACGCCUCGUCGACCUCGCGCACCUCGGUUCCUCCCGGCGGUGGUGGAGGAGGACCGCCGUCGUCGAGCAGCAGCGCUCCCCCGAGCAACAGCACCAACGGCAUGGCCGCCCUGCCCCCAGUCGUCGGCCCAGACGGCAAGGUCCUCCAGGGCAACGCCCUCGUCAACGCGUUCAAGGGCGGCAUCCGCAUCGAGACGGCAAACGGCGGCGAGCGCACCAGCAGGGCCUGCCUCGCGUGCAGGAAACUCAAGACUCGCUGUGACGGCGCCGAGGACCCGCCCUGCAAGCGCUGUCGCGCAGGCGGUCACGAGUGCGUCUUUGUCGAGAGCAAGCGCGGCAAGCGGCCCCCGAGGACCAAGGUCAGCGAGACGACGCUGCAGGACAAGUUCCGCGAGGUUGAGCGCACGCUCUCGGUCGUGCUCGACUCGAUCGGCUCGGGCGAGAAGCCCGACGCGAACGCGCUCUCGCAGCUGCAGGCGUCCAUCGCCGAGGGGCUCGAGGGCACGCCCGAGGCGGUGGCCCACGACCGCCGCCGCCGGUACUCGACCGCCGACAUGAGCUCGUCCCGGUACUCGGUGCCACCGCCCGACAUCGGCGCCGGCGACAACCGCAGCCCGUCGCCGUCGUCCGACGUUCCCGACCUCGUCGGCAGCGGCGUCGACGGUCCCGCCGUCAAGCGCACCCGCUACGACACCGAGGGCUACAGCCAGUACCCACAGCUCAACCAGUCGCCGAUCAUGGGCGGCAACCUCGCCGUCUCGCCGCACUCGACCUCGACCAACCCGCCUGGCAGCGUCCAGCUGCCGCAGCUCGCCCUGCCCACGGUCGGCCCUCCUCGCGCGAGCGCGAGCCCGGUCAGCAACGUCGCGUCGCACCUGCACCCGUCGCCGUCGAACCCGUCGCCGUCGAGCCAGCCAGGGCAGCAGCCGGCGCCGUCGCUCGCCAUGCUCGCCGACGCCUCGCUCGCCGCCCAGAUCGACGGGCGCUCGAAGCUCACCGGCCUCGACGCGAGCUUCAACCUGAGCACCGUCACGGACGCUCUGCAGCGCAACAACGACCGCCUCGGCGGGUCCAACGGCGAGGAGGACGUGAGCAGGACGCCGGCCGUCCUCAGCAAGGGCAUCGUCACGCCUGAGCUCGCCGUCGAGCUCUUCACCGUGUUCUUCGACUACGCCUACAUCCACCUUCCCCUCCUCGACCCGGCCAAGCACACGGCGCCCUGGGUCUGCGCCACCUCGCCCUUCCUCUUCACGGUCAUCCUCGCCGUCGCGUCGCGGUUCCACCAGGACCCGACCCUGCACAACAAGAUCUACGACGAGGCGCACGCCUGCUUCGUCGAAUGCGUCAGCGACGGCGAGCGGUCGAUCGAGAGCGUCCAGGCGUGCUGCAUCCUCACGGUGUGGACGUAUCCGCCGACGGGCGAGAGUGCGGCGGCGGGCAGGGAGGAGCGGCCCAAGCGGGCGUGGCUGUACGGCGGAGCGGCCGUGCGCAUGGGCCUCGAGCUCAACCUGUUCCGCCCUGCGCCGUUCGUCGACGCGCACCUGUCGAAACCGGGCAACCUCGGCAAGGCCAACCCGUGGAUCUCGCUGCCGCGCGAGGGACCCGAGGCCGUCAGCGAGCAGGAGGUGUGGGACGCCCUCAACCGGGAGCGCACGUGGCUCAUGCUCUUCGUCAUCGACCACAACAUGUCCGCCGUCAUGGGUCGCCCGUACCAGAUCCAGGAGGCCAAGCCGUACCUGCUCCCGCUGCACCCGCAGUGCCUCCCCUUCGACCUCGGCGUCAUCGCCCAUGUCGAGCUGCAGACGAUCAUCGGCCAGGUCAUGGACACGUUCCGCGACCGCCUGUACGGCCUCAGCUGCGCGAGCGACGACAUGCCGAGCCAGGUCGUCAUGAAGCUGUUCAACUCGCGCAUGGACGAGUGGAAGGCGCGGUGGUGCCCUGUCCCGGGCGAGCCGAUCGCCAACAACCUGCAGCUGUACCACCACGCGAGCAAGCUCUUCCUCAACACGAUCCCGCUCCACACCAUGCUCCGCAACGGCGACGCGUGCGACGACCCGGACUCGGUCUCGUCGACCAUCUCGUCGGCCAAGAGCCUCCUGUCGCUCGGACACGCCUACGCCGAGCUCGGUGUCCUGCGGCAUUGUCCCGACGUCAACUUCCUGUUCAUGCUCUACUCGACCGUCUUCCUCGUCAAGGUCCGCGUCUCGAACUCGCGCUUCGCCCAACUCGUCGACCCGAACGAGCUCGAGGCGCAGCUCCUCCAGCUCAUGAAGGACUGCCAGGAGGCGGCCCAGGGCGACCACCGCCACGCCGCCAUGACGUGCUACGUCAUCGUCCGUGCUCUCGGUGCGAGCUGGAAGGCGCUCGAGACGGGCGCCGGCGCCGCACGCAGUCGCGGGACGAGCAUCCGGGGCGACGAGGAGGACGCCGGCGUCGCGACGGCGGCAGCGUCUGGCGCGGCCGGGUUCGGCAGCACCGCGUUCGACCCGACGCUUUCCGCCUCGACGUCGAGCGCGGGCGUGUCGUCGAGCUCGACCGCGCCGAGCGGCGGCGUCGGCAACGGCAACCACCACCUCCCGCACGUGUCGCUCGCCGGCGCGAUGCCGCCCUCGCCUGCCCCGCUCUACACGCACCCGUUCACCGGCAUCUCGACGCCGGGCGGCACCAACCCGUUCAGCAACCCGUUCGCGGCGUCGAGCGCCGCAGCGACGCCCGUCCCCGCGUACGCCGGCGCCGCGACCGAGCGCCGCCCGGGCACGCUCAGCGGCGCGCAGACGCCGAGCGCGUUCAUCGGGAGCGGCAUGUUUGACGGCGCGCCGCUGCCGGCGCAGCAACUGCCGACCGACAGCGCGGUCGACGGCGUCGACAACUUCCUCAACGACACGCACUUUUUCGGGUCGGUCCUGAUCGGCCGAGGCGCGAGCGGCUUCUUCGACUGGCCAGAGGUCGCCUCGUCGCUCGACCCGUUCGCGUCCACGACGUCCGAUCUGUCGGACCCUUUCGGCUUUGGCUCGUUCUCGUACCACCCUGGCGGCGGCAACACGGCGGCGCCGACGCCGAGCAUCUCGAGCGCGGCGCAGGGAGACCCGCUCGCGGCGGCGGGAGGCGGCGGCGGCGGCGAGGGCGACGGCGACGGCAAGAAGGCGGCGUGA